GAAGCAAACAGAAAAGUAGAAAAGAAAAUGGUUGCUUUCUCUGACAAACAAGAGGCUCUGGUGAAUGGCGCAUAUGAAGCAUUCAAGGCAAACAUUCCCAAAUACAGUGUUGUCUUCUACACCACAAUACUGGAGAAAGCACCAGCAGCAAAGAACCUGUUCUCGUUUCUAGCUAACGGAGUUGAUGCCACUAAUCCUAAGCUCACGGGUCAUGCUGAAAAGCUUUUUGGAUUGGUGCGUGAUUCAGCUGCACAACUUAGAGCAAGUGGAGGAGUGGUGGCUGAUGCUGCACUUGGUGCUGUGCACUCUCAGAAAGCAGUGAACGAUGCUCAGUUUGUGGUGGUAAAAGAAGCUUUGGUCAAAACAUUGAAAGAAGCAGUUGGAGACAAAUGGAGUGAUGAACUGGGCACUGCUGUGGAACUAGCCUACGAUGAAUUGGCAGCAGCUAUUAAAAAAGCAUAUUAGGAUGCCCAUUAUUACUUGUAAUAAAUAAAUUUGUUU